CACGAUGAUUUCUCUUUCUUUCCAGAUACAUAAUAUUGUUUGUUAGGUUACGAAAUGAUUGCGUUCAGACCUUCGAUUCCACUGCAACAACAAACAAACGCAGUCUGAAAACUACAUUUGAACAUUAUCCACCACGCAAUUUCAUCAUUUCACCUUUCAAUUCAUCAAUUCCUCAAUCAAUUUCACUACAUCCGUACUCUUUUUCAUCUCCAAAACCCUAAUUUUCACCGCUUCGACCUCCUUCAUGGAGAGAUCUGGUAGCAGAGACUUUAGUAGCAUCCAUAAAGGUUCCGGUUCGGUUUCAGCUUCAGCUUCCGGUUCCGGUUCGGGUUCGGGCUCGGUUUUGGCCUCAGAUGAUAAACUGUUUGAUGCUUCGCAAUAUGCUUUUUUCGGUCGGCAUGCGGAUAAGGCUGAGUUUGGGUGUUUGGAAGAAGAUGAUUAUAGUCUUCCAGCUGGAAUUGCUGAUGAUGAAUAUCAUUUGUUUGAUCGAGACGAGGAACCAGGUGUAGGCUCUCUGUCAGAUUUAGAUGAUCUGUCAACUAUAUUUUCAAAGUUAAACAGAUCAGUUAGUGGACCUAGACAUCCUGGAGUUAUUGGUGAUCGAGGGUCCGGUUCCAUUUCAAGAGAAAGUUCAUCUGCAUCGGACUGGGUACAAGACCGAGAGUUACCCGAGUGGUUAGAUCAACAUAUCUCCGACACAGAAAGCAGCCAGGUCAGCAGGAGAUGGUCUUCACAAUCACAUCUUUCAGAUCCUAAACCUUUGUACCGAGCAUCAUCAUACCCUCAUGAAAAACACCAAUUUUUCACAGAGCCCGUACUGGCACCCACCUCAUCGUUACCUUCAUUUUCCCCUGGUGGUCAUAACAAUCUACCCUCGCCACGUCAGCAUUCAAAUCUAAACCGUUCAUCUGGCAUCGGUAGUCCCCAGAUCUCCUUUCCGGACCCAAAUCUUUCACCAUUGGGUGGGCUCCCUCUUUCUUCUCGUUUUAGUGGAAACCGAACUCAACUGGUCCAUCCAGGCUUAACCCAAUACACUCAAGCCCAAAACCAAUGGGCUAACGCUAACCACACGUUACAUAUGGAUCCAGCUGGACUACUGAAUAACACUUUUCAACAAAAGUUGCUUCAAAACGGGCUCUUAUCACCCCAUUUUGUAUCACCGCAUUCUCUGCGGUUGAACCCGUUUGCACUACAGCCGUACUUAUACGACACCCUACCGUCUCACCCGUUACAUUUAAACAAAUACAGGUCGCCCGAUACACAGAGAAGUAAACAAAAGAGUAAACACGGGUCACGUAUCUCCCGUCAGGGCUCGGAUAACAGCAGUCAGAAGAGUGAUAAUAAAUGUCGAAUACAAUUCAGUUCCAAAUACAUGACAUCUGAAGAGAUCGAAAGUGUUCUUAACGUGCAGCAUGCCGCAACACACAACAAUGAUCCGUAUAUUAACGAUUAUUAUCACCAAGCCCGACUUGCGAAGAAUUCUUCGAAAAACCGAUUCCACCCGGCCCAUCUUAAAGAUUCGUCACAACGGGGCCGUAACGGUUCAGAUUCACAGCCUCAUAUUACUGUCGAUUCACAUGGAAGAGUUUCGUUCUCUUUGAUUCGAAGGCCACAACCGCUUCUUGAAGUGGAACCGUCAUCUGGUUCGGGUGAUAACAGGUCUGAAGUUAAAAGAUCCGAGAAACCGUUGGAACGAGAGCCGAUGCUUGCAGCUAGAAUCAUGAUUGAAGAUGGUGUUUGUGUGCUUCUUGAUGUAGAUGACAUUGACCGUCUCCUGCAGUCAACUCAGCCACAAGAUGGCGGUUCUCAGGCGAGGCAGAAGCGGCAGAUUCUUCUAGAAGGCUUAGCGGCAGCUCUUCAGUUAGUCGACCCGCUUGGUGUAAGUUCGAAAACGUCUUCUGGACUGGCCCCUAAAGAUGAUAUUGUGUUCUUACGGGUCGUAUCUCUUCCCAAGGGUCGAAAACUUAUUUCUAAAUAUCUUCAACUUUUAUCACCUAGUAGUGAGCUGGCACGAAUCGUAUGCAUGACGAUUUUCCGCCACCUAAGGUUUUUAUUCGGUGGACUUCCGUCCGAACACGAAGCAGCUGAAACCGUGGCUUCACUAGUAAAGAUAGUGAAAACGUGUGUAAGUGCAAUGGAUCUUAAUUCAUUAAGUGCAUGUCUUGCUGCUGUGGUGUGUUCUCCAGAACAACCACCACUCCGCCCGCUUGGCAGUCCAGCUGGCGACGGUGCUUCCGUUAUUCUAAAAUCGGUUCUAGAACGAGCGACUCAACUGUUAACCGGUGCGAAUUCCGGUUUACAAAAUCCGACACUUUGGCAGGCUUCAUUUGAUGCGUUUUUCGGGCUUUUGACGAAAUAUUGUUUAAGUAAAUAUGACAGUUUGGUACAAGCUAUGUAUGCACAGGUGUCACCGAACUCAGAGAUUGUGUUAUCAGAGGCUGCAAAGGCGAUCAGUAGAGAAAUGCCUGUGGAACUUCUAAGGGCUAGUCUGCCUCAUACAGAUGAUAAUCAGAGGAAGAUGUUGGUUGACUUUUCUCAACGGUCAAUGCAUGUUGGUGGAUUCAGUGGUCAUAAAGGCGGUGGUGGUGGUCAAGUUGCUCCUGAAUCGGUAAGAGGAUGAUUGUAUGGUAAGAGGAUGAUUGUAUGGUAAGAGGAUGAUUGUGUGGUUGCUGUUGAUCUGCAUCUUCAUCUGCCAGCUGAUGGUGAGUUUUUAAGGCCUGUGGUGGCUGAAGUUUGUUCAUGGAUGGUUUAUAAACGUUUAAGUUAUAAAUACUGUGAGAACGAGUACUUGUUUCCCAGUAUGUUCGGAUUGGGUCGGGUUGGGUUGGGUUGGUAUUCGGUGGGGAAAAUGGGUUCAAGUUUGUAUGUACAGUUUCUGCAAGUUUGUAUGGAUUUAGUUUACACCAUUGCUUCUCUCUCUCUCUCUC